AUGUUGCCCCUGGUCUUGGCACCGGCAGUACAACUGACGACGGGCAUAUCCACGUCCUCCGCGCCUAGAGGUGGCGGCGCGAAUUGCCGCGGCCGCCUGCAGCACCCGGCCAUGUCAUGGCCCAUCGUGGGAAACACAUUCAAGAAAAAGUACACGUGCAACCUGUGCAGCUACUCGACAGACUACCCGACCAACAUCCAGCGCCACAUGCUGACCCACACGGGCGAGCGGCCUUUCCGUUGCGACACCUGUGCUGGCAAGCCUUCCCAGGAGCCCGCACCACGCCUGGUGUGUCAGUUCUGCAACUACUCGACCGUCUACACCACGACCAUGGUGCGUCACGUGCGCACGCAUACGGGCGAGCGCCCCUACCGAUGUGUGUCCUGCAAGAAGGGCUUCACCACCAAGCAACAGUUGGAGAAACACUGCAGCCAGCCGAGCAAGCCUUGCUUCAAGCCCUUUGCCUGUGCCUACUGCCCGGAACGGUUCCCGUCUGAUGCCCUUCUGAGCAGGCAUAGGUGCAUGCAUAACACGUUCUCCAGCUAUUGA